AGUCUUUGUUGCUGAGAGCUGAAAUGGCGCAGACGUACUCUGAGAAGUUCUCUUGUUCCAUCUGUCUGGAUCUACUGACGGAUCCGGUAACUACUUCCUGUGGACACAGCUACUGCAUGAAGUGUAUUAAAGGCCACUGGGACACAGAGGACGGUAAGAGAACCUACAGCUGCCCUCAGUGCAGGAAGACCUUCACACCGAGGCCUGUCCUGCAGAAAAACAUCCUGGUAGCAGAGUUAGUGGAGGAUCUGAAGAAGACUGGACUCCAAGCUGCUGCUGCUGCUGAUCACUGCUAUGCUGGAGCUGAAGAUGUGUCCUGUGAUGUCUGCACUGGAAGGAAGAGGAAGGCUGUCAAGUCCUGUCUGGUCUGUCUGGUGUCCUACUGUCAGAACCACCUCCAACCUCACCAUGAUGUCGCUCAGCUGAAGAGACACCAGCUGGUGGAGCCCUCCAAGAACCUCUGCCCUUGUCAUGAUAAGAUGAUGGAGGUUUUCUGUCGCACUGAUCAGCAGCUGAUCUGUUAUCUCUGCACAAUGGAUCAACACAAAGGCCAUGAAGCAAUCCCAGUUGCAGCAGAAAGGACGGAGAAGCAGAAGAAGCUGGAGGAGAGUCGACUGAACAUCCAGCAGAGAAUCCAGGACAGAGAGAAAGAUGUGAAGCUGCUUCUAGAGGAGCUGGAGGCCAUCAAUGUCUCUGCUGAU